AAUGGGUACUUUCACAGCAGCAGUAGCGAGUUUUACUAUGGAAUGGUGGUGACUUAUCAGUGCCACACUGGACACAAUGGGAAAAAGCUGUUUGACCUCGUGGGUGAGAAGUCAAUAUACUGCACCAGCAAAGACAAUCAAGUUGGCAAUUGGAGCGGCCCUCCCCCUCGGUGCAUUAAUCUAGUCAAAUGCCCAAUUCCAGAAGUUGAAAAUGGAAUUAUGGAAUCUGGAUUUAGACAUUCUUUUUCUUUAAAUGAUGCUGUGAUGUUUAACUGUCAGCCUGGCUUUAUCAUGAAAGGCAGCAGUAUAGCAUGGUGCCAAGCAAACAGUAAAUGGAGUCCUCCACUGCCGAAGUGCUUCAAGGGGUGUCCACCACCUCCACAUAUUCACCAUGGUACUUAUAACAAAAUGGAUAAGGAAUUCUUUCUAACUGGACAGGAAGUGUCCUACAGCUGUGAGCCGGGCUACACUCUCAUUGGAGCUAACUCUAUGCAGUGUAUAUCCUUGGGAACCUGGAGCCAAACAGCCCCCAAAUGUGAAGCAAAAUCAUGUGAUGCCAUUCCAAACCAACUUCUCAAUGGCCAUGUGGUGGCUCCUCCUAAUCUCCAGCUUGGAGCAGAGGUUUCAUUUAUUUGUAAGGAAGGGUACCGGUUAAAUGGCAAAUCUUCUAGUCAAUGUGUCGCAGAGGGAAUGAGAGUACUCUGGAAUAAUAAGUUUCCUGUCUGUGAAUGGAUUACUUGUGACCCUCCGCCUCCUAUCGAAAAUGGUCGGAAUAGUUAUGUUUCUGGCCCUAUACAACUUAAUACUGUAGUAAGGUAUAGUUGCCCAUCUGCCUUCCGUCUAAUUGGAGAAAGAAUUCUUUUUUGUAUAAGUAAUGACCAAGUGAAAGGAAUAUGGAGUAAAGCUGCUCCUAUAUGUGAAUAUUACAACAGAAAUUCUAUUUGCGCUGAGCCUGUAGUACCAGGGGGAUACAAAGAUAAAAGAUCUAGACGACUAUACAGACAUGGUGAAUCUGUGACAUUUACCUGUUAUACCAACUUCACCAUGAAAGGAAACAAGACUGUUUGGUGCCAAGCAAACAGUACGUGGGGGCCGACACCACUACCAACCUGUGAGAGUGGUGAGUGCCCGUUUGUCUCUGGAGUGUCUGUGACUUACAGCUGUGAACCUGGGUACUUGCUUGUUGGACAAAAGACCAUUAGCUGUUUGUCUUCAGGAAACUGGAAUGCUGGCAGUCCCACAUGUGAAGAGGCACGGUGCAAACCUCCAGGACCACUGCUCAAUGGACAGAUGAAGGGGCCUUCAAGUCUUCGGGUUGGCGAAACAGUGAACUUUUCCUGUAACAAAGGGUAUCGAUUACAAGGCCAACCUUCUAGUCAAUGUGUAAUUGCUGGACAAAAAGCUUUAUGGACCAAGAUGCCUGUGUGUGAAGAAAUUCUUUGCCCACCACCUCCUCCCAUUCUCAAUGGAAGACAUACAGGCCACGCUUCAGUGAAAUUUCCAUAUGGAAGCACAGUCACUUACACUUGUGACCCGGGCCCAGAGAAGGGAGUGAACUUCACCCUGAUUGGGGAGAACACCAUCCAUUGUACCACUGAUAGCCAGAAGACUGGGACCUGGAGUGGCCCUGCCCCACGCUGUGAACUUUCUGUUUCUGCGAUUCAGUGUCCACCUCCCCAGAUCCUAAGAGGCCGAAUAUCAUCUGGGCAGAAAGACCAAUAUUCAUAUAACGACACUGUGGUAUUUGCUUGCUUGAAUGGCUUCACCUUGAAGGGCAGCAGGGGGAUCCGAUGUAAUGCCCAAGGCACAUGGGCGCCGUCAGCACCAGUCUGUGAGAAGG